UUUUCCCCCCCAAAAUAGAUAAAAACACUGAUGACUAUUGUCUUAGAUUUUCUUUAUUUUCCAUAAUUUUUCUACAUUUUGUAUUAUCAAUAUUAGAACAGUUCAAGGGUUAACAAGCACACUGAUUAAUAAACAGUCCACUUAACCCAGGCUGCAUGUUACUUAACUAAAGAAAAGCAUAGACAGAAGUAAAGUUGAGAUUCAGCCCCAUAAAACUAAAAUAUUAGAUUUCAUUUGUGAGCGCAGUAAGAUUGAUCUUUUUUUCAUCAAGACAAUGAGUUUCUUUCUCUCUGAAGCUACACACACAACUCUCAAAAGAAAACAAAACCCCAACUUGCCACUGUAUAUAAACCGAGAUAUUCAUUUUCAGCCUGCUGUAAUGAUCAUUCACUCAGAUUUAGCUUCUCUAUGCAAGAACAAAGAGAGGCAGUUGCAAAGGAGUGUGUAUGCAUUUGUGCGGGGGUGUGUUUGUGUGUGUCUGCAGGUAAAAGCGAGACGCCCCCGGCUUGUAAAGCGAUCCUGACACCAUAAAUAAUGGAGGAUGCCGUGGCAGAGAGGAUAAGUUCUCUGGGCAAGGCUCCUUUUUCACAGGGCUUUCUCCCAGUGGCUCACGUGAUCACUGAGGUGCCAGUAAUUUUUCAUGAGAGGUGUUUGUGUGGUUUAUGUUCAUAUACCACCCAAGUAGCACACCAUCAAGGGGGAGAUUCCCCAUUUUCAGUACCUGGAGACCAUACAUCUUCAGCUUUAGAUGCCCGGCAUCCUGCAGAUUUCACAGUUCCAGAAUCUAACCAUAGCCAAGGGUCAAAUGAAUUGUCUUACACCAUUAGAAACUCAAGGCAGCACUUACGAAACUAAAGGCCAGGGAAGUGGAUGAAUAAAAGAUGCCGUCGAAACAGAAAAAAUCCACAGCUUUGGAAGAAACCGAAGAGGUUGAUGACGAAGUGGAGGAAACGGAGCCAAAUUUAAAGGAGAGUGGCCAGGGGUUGACCCAUGGAGACGCCACGAAAAGAGGAAAGAGUCGGAGGAAACACAAGAGCACAGAACGCUCCGAGACCCAGGAGCCGCCAGAGAAAGAGAAGAAGGAGAAAGAAGGAGAUAAGGUGAAAAAGAAGAAAAAGAAACCAAAUGAUGAUGCUGACCCUGAAGCUGAUGCUACAGUUUCAAGUAAGGAUGCUGAGGGUGAGCAGAACAACAAUGAGGCCACAACCAAACCCAGAAAGGACAAAUCUGAGCGGCUUAAAGAGGAAGUGACUGAGGGGAAGAAGAAGCAGAAAAAAAAGUCGUCCGUAGAGAUUCCAGAGGGAGAGGAGGAGAUGGGGUCCAAGGACAAAAAGUCCAAAAAUGGCAAGAAGAAGAAGAAGAAGUCUCAUGAUGAUGACGGUGAGGAGCCCUUGAUUGAGGAAGACGAAGAGGAAGAGGAAGACUCGAAGAAAAAGAAAAAGAAGAAGGCCAAGAAGAGCUCUGGAGACAGCGAUGAUGAUAAAAAGAAAAAAGGGAAAAAAUCCAAAAGCAAACAGGUGGAUUAUGCCUUGAUCUACCAGAACGAGCUGUUCAACUACCACACAGACUCUUCAGAUGGAUAUGAAGAUGAGUACUACAAAAAGAAAGUAUAUGAGGUGGUUACAGUCACAGGUGAUGUAAAGGGAGCUGGGACUGAUGCCAAUGUUUUUGUUACCCUCUUUGGAGACUUUGGCGUCUCACCCAAGGUUCACUUGGCAAGCAACACAGAAAAGAGAAGCCGGAAUGCAUUUGAGAAGAAUAAGACGGAUGUUUUCCGCAUCAAAACACAAAACAUUGGCCCAAUUAAAAAGCUAAGAAUUGAACAUGACAACACAGGAAUGAGCGCCAGCUGGUUCUUGGACAGGGUGGUGGUGACCGACAUGAUCCGGCCCCAUCUGCGCUUCUAUUUCCCCUGCAACAAUUGGCUGAGCCGGGAGGAGGGUGACAACCUGUUCGUCAGGGAUCUCCUGGGCAGUCUAAACCCCAUGGAUGUCCCAAAAUUAAAUAAAUAUCUUGUGAGUGUUUUCACUGCUGAUAUGAAGGGAAGUGGGACUGAUGCCGAUGUCUUCCUGAAUAUCUUUGGAGAACAUGGUGACACAGGGGAAAGAAGACUGGAUAGUGACAAAGACAACUUUGAACGUGGUUCAGAGGACAAGUUUACAAUAGAGGCUCCAAACCUGGGAAGGCUUAGAAAAAUCACCAUCGGCCACAACAACAGAGGUUCCUCAGCCGGAUGGUUUCUAGACAAGGUUAUGAUAGAUGAUAUGGGGAAUAAAGAAAUAUAUGAAUUUCCAGUGAAUCGCUGGUUUGCCAUGGAUGAAGAUGAUGGCAAAAUACAGAGAGACGUCUUGGUUGGAUCAAUGCAACCAAUGGGGAUUAUAUACAAUGUUCAAGUAAUGACUGGUGAUAUCAGGGGAGCAGGAACCAACUCCAAGAUCCACAUGGUUAUGCAUGGUUCCAAGGGCUUAAAAAACAGUGGCAAAAUUUUCCUCGAGGGUGGUGCCUUUGAGAGAGCUCUCAUUGACACUUUCAAUGUAGAGAUCUGUGAACUGAUCAGCCCUCUCAGCAGGGUCACCAUUGGUCAUGACAACGGUGCCGUUGGUGCAGGGUGGUACUGUGAAAAGGUGGUGAUAUACUGCCCAUUCACUGGCAUUGAGCAAACAUUUCCAUGUGGGAUGUGGCUAGAUGAGGACGAAGGAGACGGACUUAUUGAGAGGGAACUGUAUGAGAUGGUCUCUCUCAGACAGAAAAAACAGAAAAAGUACCCAUGGUCCUUGUGGAUUUGGACCUCAGACAUAAAAGGCGCAGGCACAGAUGCCCAAGUAUUUCUGCAGAUUUAUGGAGAGAAAGGAAAGUCAGAUGAGAUCAAACUGGAAAACAAUUCAGAUAGCUUUGAACAAGGACAGCUUGACAAAUUCAUGAUUGAAAUGCCGGACAUGGGAAGAUUGUUAAAAUUGCGGAUCUGGCAUGAGAAGCGAAAUCCCUUUGCUGGCUGGCAUUUAGCGAAGGUCACUUUGCUCAAGACACUAACCAUGGACAAGUAUUCUUUUGAGUGUGGCCGCUGGCUGGACAUCAAUGAAGAUGACAAUGAGAUUGUCAGAGAACUUCCCGCCACAGGAGCACUCAAUGAUGAACCGCUGCCCUUGAUAAAGUAUCGGGUCACAAUCUGCACUGGCAAUGUCAGUGGUAGUGGUACCGAUGCCAGCGUGUUCCUCAAUGUUAUUGGAGACUUGGGUGACACAGGAGAGCGACUCAUGUUUAUGAGCAAAAACAAUGUUAACAAAUUUGAAAAGGGAAAUCAUGAUGAGUUCCUCAUCGAGUCAGUCUUCCUGGGUCAGGUGCGGAGAGUCAGAGUAGGUCAUGACGGCCGUGGUGGAGGCUGUGGUUGGUAUCUUGAUAAGGUGUUGGUCAGAGAGGAGGGACAGCCUGAGUCCUCUGCCACUGAGUUCCCAUGUUUCAGGUGGCUAGAUCGCAAUGAAGAUGACGGGCAGAUUAUCCGUGAGUUGGUUCCAGCUGGAGACGGGGUGCGUCUCUUUAAUGUCGGCUACCACAUCGCAAUCAAGACAGGCAGUGUGAACGGUGCCAGUUCUGACUCCAAAGUGUUUGUGAAGCUGUACGGUGAAAAGGGCGACACUGACAAAGUGAUCCUGGCCGUCUCAGACAAUGACCUCAGGAAUUACUUUGAGACGGCAAGAACUGACAUCUUCACCCUUGAUACGUAUGACAUCGGAAAGAUCAACCGUCUUCUGAUUGGUCACACAAAUGAAGGUUUACGAGCCGGAUGGUUUCUGGACAGUGUGCAGAUUUCCGUGCCUGUUCAUGGGAUGCAGUAUAUGUUCCCGAGCCACCGCUGGCUCUGCAAAGAUGAAGCAGACGGCAAAGUGGAGGUUGAAAUCUAUCCCAGCGAGGUCUUGGAAAUUGAAAAAUUGAUCAACUAUGAAAUAACAGUGGUCACUGGCGAUAUGCGAUCAGCCGGAACCAACGCCGACGUCUUCUGUCAGAUAUAUGGAGAUGAAGGAAAAACUGAAAUCCUCGCCCUGAAAAGCCGCUCCAACAAUUUUGAACGUGGCACCACUGAAAUCUUCAAGAUUGAAGCUCUGGAUGUCGGGAAAAUCUAUAAAAUCCGAAUCUUCCACGACGGUAAGGGCAUUGGAGACGGAUGGUUUCUGGAGAUGGUUGACAUCAAGAGGCUAACGAUGGCCAUGGUGCAGAUUGAGGUGAAAAAAGAAGAGACAACUAAAAAAGACAAGAAGAAGGACAAGAAAAAGAAAAAGAAAGAAGAGGAGGAGGUGGAGAUAAUUGAGGAGCUGCAGGAAGUGGUGGAGACAUUUACUUUCGCUUGUAGCCGCUGGCUGGCCCGGGACGAAGAGGACGGGGAGAUUGUGGUUGAACUGCUGACUGACUCCAACGAGGAAUUGGAGAUGAACUCUUAUGAGGUUUAUGUGUACACUGGGACAAUGUGGGGUGCUGGGACCGAUGCCAAAGUCUACAUCACCAUUUACGGAGAGAGUGGUGACACAGGAGAGCGAUGGCUCAGGAAAUCCAAUCGCCUGAAUAAAUUUGAGAAAGGACAGGAGGAUGUUUUCAGCCUGACAGCAGUUGAUCUUGGGGUCCUGAAGAAGCUCAGGAUCCGUCAUGACAACAGCCAGGCCAGCGCCGGCUGGUUUUUGGACAGAGUGGAAAUCAUAGACACCAAAGAUGACACAACGUAUUUUUUUCCAUGUAAACGGUGGCUUGCUGUUGAUGAAGAUGAUUGCCAGCUUGCCAGAGAGCUGGUCCCUGUGGAUGAAGCCUUCAUGAAGAAGGGAGAUGAAGAUGAAGACGACUCCGAAGCAACCCUUGGCUUGGAACAGAAGGCCAUGUCAACAACAUACACAGUGAGGAUAAAAACCGGUGACAAGAAAUAUGCAGGGACAGAUGCGAAUGUCUUCAUGACCCUUUUUGGUACCAAGGAUGACACAGGUAUAAUUACUCUAAAGGCCUCAAAGACGCAUAGAAACAAGUUUGAGAAAGGCAUGAUUGAUGAAUUUACAGUGGAAGCUGUUGACCUGGGACCCUUGAGAAAGCUACGUAUUGGACAUGACAACUGCGGAGGAGGGUCUGCAGGGUGGUUCCUCGAUUGGGUGGAGAUCGAUGCCCAAUCUGUAGGGCAGAAGUUACGCUUUCCGUGCGGCCGCUGGUUGGACAAAGGAGAAGAUGAUGGGGCGAUUGUCAGGAAUCUCUUUCCUAACCCUCUUCAAUCAGAGUUUUACACACCAUUUGUUCCGUACGAGAUUAAAACCUUCACCAGCGAUGUUUUCGGUGCUGGGACAGACGCCGACGUCUUUAUUGUUCUGUAUGGAAGAGACGGAGUGUGCACUCAGCAGAAGUCUCUGUGUGUCAACAAGAGGGAAAGGAGAAUGUACUUUGAAAGAGGAGCCGAGGACAUGUUCAUUGUUGAAUUAGAAGAUGUAGGGGACGUAAUUGAGAAGAUCCGCAUCGGCCAUGACAACCGGGGGGUCAACCCAGGCUGGCAUCUGGACAGAGUGGAGAUUAGACGCCUGCUCAGGAAGGGAAAGGGCUCAGAAACCGUCAUCUUCCCAUGUGAGCGCUGGCUUGCCAAGUCAGAAGAUGAUGGAGAAACAGUGCGAGAGCUGCAGCCCUCUGACAUCAUCACCGAGAAGCUUUCCAGAGACGGCAGCCUGAAAGUGACUGAGGUGGAAGUGGAAGAUGCCCUGGAGACUCACACAUACAACGUGUCAGUAAUGACAGGUGAUGUAAGCGGUGCUGGAACUGACGCUAACGUCUUCCUCACGAUUUACGGAGACCUGGGGGACACUGGGGAGAGAAAACUGAGCAAGUCGGAAACGAACAGUAACAAGUUUGAACGGGGAUCUGUGGAUAAGUUCACGAUUGAAGCCGUGGACCUCGGGCAGGUUUUUAAGAUAAAAAUCCGCCAUGAUAACAGCAUGAUGAGUCCUGACUGGUACUUGGACCAAGUGGAGGUGUUCGAUCUCGACACAGAAGAGGUCUACCUGUUCUUAUGCGAGCGCUGGCUUUCCAGGAAGAGGGAGGACAGACUCAUCAAAAGGGUUUUCUAUGUCAAGGAUUAUGAAGGUGUCAGAGAGAGCCUAAACAGUAAAAAGACCUCAGCCUUGACAGUGAACAGUGUUGAUAGUAACAUGAACAAAAAGAACAAGAAGAAAAGGGAGGACGAAGAAGAAGAAGAGCUACCGAUCAUACCAUACCACGUCUCCAUCGGCACUGGGCCGGAGCGGGAUGCCAGCACCGCCAGCAGGGCAUAUGUAAUCAUCGUUGGGGUCAAUCACACCCAAACGGAGAGGCUGUGGCUUGAUCUUCCUAACGGGAGGAAGGGCUUUCUGGCUGGCUCCUUAGAGAGCUUCGAGGCCCACGGUUCAGACGUGGGGGAGAUUAGAAAGGUGGAGCUCGGCCAUGAUGGGGCCACUCCAGAGAGCUGCUGGCUAGUUGAUGAGCUGGCCGUUGCUGUGCCAACCAAAGGGGUCAAAUAUAUCUUUGCUUGCAAGUGCUGGCUGGCCAAAGAUCGAGGGGAUGGCUUGACUGCCAGAGUAUUCAAUGUGUUAGAUGCAGAGGCCAUUGCUAUCUCCCAGAAGGUUAUCUAUGAGUUGACGGUAGUAACCGGAGAUGUGCAGAAUGCAGGAACCGACACCAAGAUCUUCAUGUCUGUGUUUGGUGCCAACGGCAGCACAGAAGAGAUUCUGCUGCGGAAAAACGAGGACAGGUUUGAGCGUGGUCAGGAAGACACUUUCAACAUGGAGAUCGAUGACAUAGCCCCACUCAAGAAAAUGAGGCUCCGUAUUGACGGCUCCGGCAGCAGACCCGACUGGUUUCUCGACAAGGUGAUCAUGCGUGACCUGAGCACAGAGGAGGUGUAUGUGUUUACCUACGAGGAGUGGCUGUCCAGGACCCGCGGGCCCAAGAGGACCAUGAUCUGUGAGAUGCCUGCUGUGGUGGACGAUGAGGUGAUGGUGGAGCUCACCACCUACAUCAUCCAGGUCAAGACGAGCGAUGUUUCAGGGGCGGGCACCGACGCCAACGUGUGGGUCAUCGUUUUCGGAGAGAACGGUGACACGGGGAGGCUGGCGCUGAAGGAGUCCACGAAGUCCAACAAGUUUGAACGUAAGCAGGUGGACAUGUUUCGCUUCCCCGAUAUCCUCAGCCUGGGAGACCUCUCCAAAGUCAGAGUUUGGCACGACAACACAGGUAUUGCUCCAGGUUGGCACUUGGAGCACAUUGAUGUGAAGGAUGAGUUCCUGGACAAAACCUUCCGUUUUCCUUGUGACCGCUGGCUUUCCAAGAAAGACGAUGAUGGACAGAUAAUGAGAGAGCUGGCCUGUGCAAACAAUGAUUAUUUAGACCUCAACGAGAAAACAAAGUAUGAAAUUUGCGUCACAACCGGAGACACAGACGAAACCAAAGAGAAUGCCUGGAUAGUACUGGAGGGGAAGAAGUGCAGAUCAAAAGAACUUGUAAUGGAGAACUCUUCAAAGAAGAAGAGGUUUUUGAGGGGAAAUGUUGACAGAUUUGAGUUUUCCUCAAAGAAUGUGGGUGAUAUUGCUGCCAUCUGCCUGGGCCACACGCCCAAAGAUGGGAAGAAAGUGAAAGGAGAGGCUUACUGGCAUGUCGAGGAGGUAGUUGUGACUGAAAAGGAGCUUGGAAACAAGUACAUCUUCCGCUGCAAUGCCCUUAUCCCUCUCUCUCCGAAGAGGGAUGAAUUCCUGACCUUUGAGUGCACAAAGACCGUUGAGAGCUUCGCAAGCAAAGCUCGAAGCCUGGUGCCCGUCAAGUAUGAGAUCAUCAUAAUCACAGGCGACGAGAAGGGAGCGGGAACAGAUGCCAAUGUUUUCAUCACAAUCUACGGCUCCAACGGAGAUUCAGGCAGUCGGCAACUGCGGCAGAGGCUACGUAAUCUCUUUGAACGGGGGCAGACUGAUCGCUUUGUGGUGGAAAUGCUGGACAUGGGCGAUCUGCAGAGAGUUCGAGUGGAGCACGACAACUCAGGACUCUGCCCUGGCUGGUUGCUUGACAGGGUGGAAAUCACCAACACAGCCAAUGGCGUCACCACAAUUUUCCUUUGUGGGAAGUGGCUGGAUACGAACAGAGCAGACGGACAGAUUGCCAGGGUGCUCUACCCAAAGUACUGACUCUGAAAUAAUUUCUGGAAGGGCCAAAAGCAGAAGGAUCUACCUUAUAUAUUAAGCUACCAAAACCAUUCGGGUGCAUUUUAUAUCUCAGGAACGGAUGAUGUUUUCAUUUACAGAUUUGAUUAUACUAUGAAAAAGUAAAAGUUCUGCUUUCUUUGGUCAGGGAAAAUCGGAAUGUGCCAUUUUUAUUUCGUGCUGUGAAUUUUGUAAAUAUAUGUUUUAUAAAAGAUUAAAAUGUUUUGUAUUCACCUCAA